UGUAAUUUAAUUGGUAGAUGGCAGGGGCGGCUUAAAUCCAGCCCUAAGUCACAUGUAAUCAUGUGCAGAACAGCCAAUCCAUUAACAUCACAUAAUACCUUGACUAAUUGGCUAUAGCCUAUCCCUGAAUGGUCUGAAAUGUAUUUAUGCUAAUUGUUCUAAUAUUUAUGAAUCAAUAUUAGAAGAGCUAUUUAUGAAUGCUGUAAUAUGUCAAUUAAAUAUGAUCAGACUUACAGGAUGCAGCAAUCUGGAUAAUAAUAAUAGGUUUAAUGAUUAUAAGAGGAAAUUCAUAGUCAUACUAUGUCUAUAAUAAGAAAUCACACAUACCACAAUGUGGUCCCUUGUGGCAAUUCCAUUAGAUGGUAUUAAAUGAGAUCACUGUUGGUCCCCUGCUGUCUGCUAAGCCAGGUAAGUCCAUCUCUGCUGGGAUAUAACUGCUUUUGAUAUGUAAUGCCCAUUGACAUAAGACAUAUCCAGCAGAGCAGUCCCAUCAAAUCACAGGCGGACAUAUGACCAGCCACUAAUCCAAAACAAGGUUUUAAAAAAUUGUGGUGCUUAAAUAGAAGGCCCUGAUAGUAGGCCUACUUUGUCCACUUUGGCACGGCUCUGAGAGUAUCACCACCACCAGCCACAUAUCAAGUCAUGGGCAAUAGCAAGAGCUGUGCUCUCUCCAAGGAGGUGCUGGAGGAACUGAAGCUGAACACCAGGUACACGAAGGAGCAGCUGCACACCUGGUACCAGACCUUCCUGCGGGAGUGUCCCACGGGCCGCAUCAGCCAGCAGCAGUUCGAGAGCAUCUACGCCAGCUUCUUCCCGGACGCCGACCCCAAGGCUUACGCCCAGCACGUCUUCCGCAGCUUCGACCAGAACAGCGACGGCACGCUGGACUUCAAGGAGUACAUCGUGGCACUGCACCUCACCUCCUCAGGGAAGACCAUGGAGAAGCUGGAGUGGGCUUUCGCCCUCUACGACCUGGACGGCAACGGCAGCAUUACCAAAAACGAGAUCCAGGAGAUCGUCAGGUCAAUAUUCAAUAUGAUCUCUAAAGAAGCACAGAAAAAUCUCCCUCAGGAUGAAAAUACCCCUGAAAAGAGAGCAGAUAAAAUCUGGGACUUCUUUGGGAAGAAAGAGAAUGAUAAGAUAACGGAGGGUGAGUUCAUUCAAGGGAUUAUGGACAACAAGAACAUCCUAAGACUGAUCCAGUUCGACGAACCGCAGAAGGUCCAGGAGAGGUUAAAGGAGAAGAAACACUAGAGUUGUUCACCAGUAGAGAUCACCAGUAUUCAUCC